AUGGACCCCGAGGUGUCUCUGCUGCUGCAGUGCCCCCCGGGCGGGCUGCCCGAGGAUCAAGUCCGUGCUGAGCUGAGCCCAGCCUACGACCGUCGCCCGCUGCCCGGAGGGGACGGAGCCAUCGCCGCCGCCUGGGAGAGCCGGCUCCGGGCCCAGCCCUGGCUGUUUGACGCUCCCAAGUUCCGCCUGCACUCGGCCUCCCUGGCGCCCGCCGGCUCGCAGGGCCCACAGCUGCUCCUGCACCUGGGCCUUACUUCCUACCGAGACUUCCUGGGCACCAACUGGGCCAGCUCAGCCGCCUGGCUGCGGCAGCAGGGGGCUGCCGACUGGGGUAACAAGCAGGCCUACCUGGCAGACCCCCUGGGCGUGGGUGCCGCCCUGGCUACCGCGGACGACUUCCUUGUCUUCCUGCGCCGCUCUCGGCGGGUGGCCGAAGCCCCUGGGCUGGUGGACGUGCCUGGUGGGCACCCUGAGCCUCAGGCCCUGUGCCCAGGCCACAGCCCCCUGCACCAGGACCUCCCGGGGCCGCUGGUGGUGCACGAGCUGUUCUCCAGCGUCCUCCAGGAGAUAAGUGAUGAGGUGAACCUGCCACUGCUCACCCUGAGCCAGCCGCUGUUGCUGGGCAUCGCACGCAACGAGACCAGUGCGGGCCGCGCCAGUGCAGAGUUCUUUGUUCAGUGCAGCCUGACUUCUGAGCAGGUGAGGAAGCACUACAUGAGUGGGGGGCCCGAGGCCCACGAGUCCACGGGAAUCAUCUUUGUGGAGACACAGAGGGUGAGGAGGCUGCAGGAGACUGAAAUGUGGGCCGAGCUCUGCCCCUCCGCCAAAGGCGCCAUCUUCCUCUACAACCGGGGUCAGGGAAGCCCCACCUGA